AUGCAGUCAGCUGAAAUUUUAUCGUUUUUUUUUUUUGUAUUUUCAGGAUUUACAAUGUAUUCCAUUCUUUCCCUUCUUAAUUUUCGUCUAAUUUCUAACAAUUCUUCAAAUCUGUGCUUUAUACGACAGUCACAUUCGAAUCGGAUCAAAAAAGUUUUGAUUGCCAACAGAGGCGAAAUUGCUGUCAGGACUGUCGCAGUCUAUUCCGACGUCGAUGCAAAUUCUUUGCAUGCCUCCCUUGCGGACUCUUUUUAUCGGAUUGGCCCAGCAACUCCCUCACAAAGCUACCUUAAUAGUGACAAAAUUAUUGAAAUUGCCAAACUUGCCCAGGCCGAUUCAAUUCACCCUGGUUAUGGAUUUCUAAGCGAAAACUCCCACUUUGCUCAACUCUGUGCCUCAAACAACAUUAUUUUUAUUGGCCCUCCACCUUCAGCAAUAUAUGAUAUGGGAAUGAAAAACAAAGCAAAACAAAUAAUGAUUGAGGCUGGAGUUCCGGUCAUUCAAGGAUAUAAUGGCACAAAUCAAGAGGAAGAAAAUUUGUUGGAAGAGGCAAAACAAAUAGGCUUUCCUGUUAUGAUGAAGGCUGUUUGUGGGGGCGGAGGCAAAGGAAUGCGUAUAGUCUGGUCAGAAAAGGAUUUUCUCGAAUCGUUGGAAUCGGCCCGUUCUGAAGCUCAAAAAUCGUUUGGCAACACAGACAUGAUUUUCGAGAAGUUUGUUACUAGGCCUAGACAUGUGGAGGUCCAAAUUUUUGGUGAUAUGCACGGAAAUUAUGUUUAUCUUUGGGAAAGAGAUUGCAGCAUUCAACGUAGACAUCAAAAAAUUAUUGAGGAAGCGCCUGCUCACGGUUUGUCUUUUGAGACUCGUCAUUGGCUUGGACGUACAGCUGUAAACGCCGCGGCCGCAGUGAAGUAUGUUGGUGCUGGGACUGUUGAAUUUAUUUUUGACACGGAAUCCGAGCAAUUCUAUUUUAUGGAAAUGAAUACUCGCCUUCAAGUAGAACAUCCUGUGACUGAGGCGAUCACCAAUCUAGAUUUGGUAGAAUGGCAAUUUCGAGUAGCUGCUGGUGAACAUCUUCCAAUGAAACAAGAAGAAAUUAAAUUAAUUGACCAUGCCAUUGAAGCCCGAAUUUAUGCAGAAGACAGUAGCGCAAAUUUUAUGCCAACAGCAGGCACUCUCGAGUAUCUACAAUUCCCUAAAAAUGUUCGUGUUGACUCUGGCAUAAGACAAGGAGAUGAAGUGACUGUUUUUUAUGACCCAAUGAUUGCAAAAAUUAUUGCAAAAGGAAAAACGAGAGAAGAAGCAAUUUUUAAAUUGGAAAAUGCUUUAAAUCAAACACAAAUUGGAGGAAUUUUUAAUAAUGUUGAAUUUGUUCGGAGUUGUUUAAAACAUGAAAAAUUCUUGUCUGGUGAUUUAUACACUGAUUUUAUACCUGAACAUAUUAAUGAAUUGAUGCCGAUGAAGAAGGAAAAUGAUUUUUAUGUUCUUUUGGAAUCGGCAAUUGCUUUUGUGUUGUUGGAUACACCAAAUUCUUCAACAACUUCAAAUCCUUUUCUUUUACUCCCCUAUUUUCGCCUUAAUCAAAAAGCAAAAAGAACAAUUAAUUUAGGCAGCAAAACAUUAAAUGUUGAAAUUUUGGGAAAUAAUAAAUAUAAAAUUGAAGGAAAUUUGGAAAAUGAAGAAAGUGGAAAGAUAGAAGAAGAAAUAUUAAUUUCAGAAAUUAAUAAAUUUAAAACUUCAAAAACUUUUAAAAAUGGAAUUGAAUUUAAAAUUGAAUUGAUAUCUAAAGGAUGUAAAAGAUGGAAAUGUAAAGCUGUUAAAAUGAAUGAAAAAAUUGCGGUUUUUGGUUCUGGACAUUCUACUUGGAAUUCUAUUUCUUUAGAUGAAGAGAUUUUUGACUCGGAAGAAUUUUUAGGAACAUCAAUAAUUGAUGGAAACCCAAAAUCUCCAAUGCCUGGAAUUGUUGAAAAAUUGCUUGUAAAUGUUGGGGAUAAAGUAGAAAAAAAUCAAAGUUUAGUAGCCUUGAAUGCUAUGAAAAUGGAAUAUUUAAUUAGAGCACCAUUUGACGCAAUUGUGGAUUCAAUAAAUUGUUCUAUUGGACAAAGCGUUCCAAAAAACUUUUGUUUGGUUAAUCUUAAAAAGAUUGAAGAAGAAUAA